AUGACAGAUAUUCUUAUUGGAAUAAAUUACGAUCGCGAAGAGUUAUUAGACACAUGGACGGCUUGUCGCAAUCUUUACAAGGAAAAUAAUAUUCAACUUGAUGAAAUUGAUGAAUUAGCAGAGAAGUAUGAAGAACGCAAAGCAAUUGAAUACUACACAGGAACCGCAUGUCUCUCUCGUGUUGUAAAUCAAGUUUGUCACACUGAAGAUAUACGACAGAUCUUCAGUUUUCGUGUUUAUAUGAGCGAUUUGCACAAUCUGCUAGUUUCACAUUAUAUAGAAGGAGAAAAAAAUGGAAUUCGUUCAUGUAUCAAAGAUGUAUAUCGCGGUAAGCCACUAUCAGGAAGUGUUUUACAGCAAUUGAUUGACAAUGAACAUGGUUUGAUUUCCAUGAAUGGCUUUCUUUCUACAACAAUAGAUCAGGAUGUUGCUUUGGAAUUCGCCGGGUAUAACCAACAAAUUGAUAAAGGAUAUAAAAGUACUCUAUUUUUAUUAACAAUUGAAAAGGAAGUAAGACGACCAUACGCAUAUAUUGGCCACUGUAGUGCAAUGCAGAAUGAAACAGAAGUUCUAUUUUCACUUGGUACUAUUUGGCGCAUUAAAUCUGUUACACAUACUAAGAAUCCAUGUGAAAUUGAACUAUCAUCAUGCGAUGAUAUGGACCCACAAUUGACUGAAAUUCGUGAGAAAUAUAUGGAACAAGGAUGUAAUUUUUUAGCAUUGGGUGAUAUUUCGCAUGAACUUGGAAACGAUGAUGAGGCCGAAUGGUUCUAUGGCAAAAUGCUCGAACAAGAUUCUAUCAAUGGUAUAACUCGAGGUAUUUUAUGUUACAAAAUUGGAAUGAUACAAUACGAAAAAGGAGAUUUAUCCGGAGCGUUGGAGAAUUUAAUUAAAGCAACAUCAUUACUUCAACCGCAGAUUAAUGAGUCGGACAUGAUUAGAUUACCUUUUUUUGAGAUCUUUAAUACUGUCGGAUCAAUACAUCACAAGAACAAUAGUUUUGGCAAAGCAAUUCAGUAUUUCGAAAAGGCAUUGCAAGAACAAAAUGAAUCGACAUCGGAAACAGCGAAAGUGCAUGACAAUUUAGGCGUUCUUUAUUAUGGUCGUGGAAGUUAUGAAAAAGCACGGGAACAUCUUGAAAAAUCUCUUUGCUUAAUUGAUGAAAGUCAUCCACACUGGAAAGAGUUUAACAGCCACCUCCACUAUGCUAAAAAACGUUGCCAACAUCUUGCAAACAAACAGAAAAAGUGA